UUCAUUCGUUGGACUUUAUAGGGGCUACGCUGUAUACUUAUGCAACAACAACCAAAAGAACCUUGAAUUGCGAGAUGAGAUCGCUUCAAGCGGCGAUGCUGAUAUUAAAUUUUAAGUGCUUACUGUCAGUAUACAAGCACUGUAGCUGUCUCUUGCAAAUUAAGUCGUGCCAAAUUACCAGAGCAAUUUUUGAUUCUGAAAUCUUAUAAAAAUAUAAUUAGUCAGUUUUACCUUAAGAGGCACCUUGUUCAGCCACCGCAAUUAUCCGCUGGAUCGAUCUACGAUGUCGGCGUGUAGAAAAAGGGCGAUGGCGAAAGUGUUCGUGUGUUCAGCACGCAGCUGGUGUUUGCUGCUGCAACUACAAUUCUGUGCGGUGCUUGCGGCAUCACCUCAAAGAGUGCCAUCAGUCAACAGUAGUGACUCAAUACACCGAAAGGCAGGCCGAAGCCACCCUGACCUGAACGACAUAUUCGCGGAGGCGAUGCUGAACAGCCGCCAAGAGGACCGAAUCAUUUUGCCGCAACUAGCUCCGAGCCAAGACGUGAUGGACAGUCUGGUGUACCGGCCGCGACUUGGAGAAGAUGCGAUUUUCCGGUGCAUUGUGCCAGCCGACAUUGACUGGCGCGAAGUGGUCUGGUUGCAUCAGGACCGUCCGGUUUUUCAAGCAGGACGGCCACUGCUGCUGGAGGACACCACGGGGCAGGCCUACAACUUCAGCCGAGAGAACCGCACCCUCAUCCUCCAGAUUUACAACGUUACUAUGGGUUCUGGAGGAUCCGUGCAAUGCGUCGUCGCACCACCCGCUCGUGCCGACUCGCCCCGCCGCGUCCUGCAGCGCUACAUGCUGCUGCCGCUAAUUACGCAUCACCGCGACGUCUUCUUCUACGAGGAGCACGAUACUUCCUUCGUGAAUGCCGCCGUGGGCGACCGCGUUACACUUGGGUGUACUAUCCGCCUUCCCCUACCGCCAGGAAUUUACAAUAAUCUGCACAACCACCUGAUCUGGCGCCAGAAUGGCCGCAUCAUCAUCGGGCCCCAGGAUGCGCCGUACGGGUCUCUGAUGCCCAGCACGAGACCCAUCCACAGUACACUGCACACGCCCCCUCCCAACCGCCCCGGCCAGCUGGCCAGUUGUAUCUUCAACUCUCGCAGUUAAAUUGAACGAUACGGAAGAUGUGCAGUGCUUGUUCCGUCCGCAUCAGGGUCUUCACGAGUGGAUUAUCUACACGAGGACGAUGUGGGUUUUUUCCCAACACUGACAUCUUGUAGCGAUACUGAAAGCGAUGCCGAUCGACGACAGACACUAUGCCUUUACUUUAAAUACUACCGCCGCGAGGAGCAAGACGAGUUUUUAUUACAAGGUUUCGGGUUAACGCAUUAUGAUAUGUACCCAACCGUGGCGGCUGCGGGUAAACGCCUCGGUGGUCUUCCAGUGGCAUAAAGCACGAAAGCACGGCAGCCGGCUGCUGUCCAUCGGUGGCGGUGCUGUAAUGCGGUAUCUAGUAAUUCGGUAUGACAAGUUGUCGAAGCGUUUCGAUAGCUUGAUAUGUAUGCCAGUUGAAAGGAAAAUGUUUUGGAAUUGUUACAAAGAUUAUUUCUGCUGACACUUUCACAUUGUACUCUGUUCUCUUAAGUCGUACGUUGAUCCACUUCUACUCUAACGUACUUCAUCUACUUUUAGUUUUCUUAUCGUGCAAUUCCUGUAGGAGCAUA